AUGAACGACACCGCCACAAUUUCGCUGGUCAUCGUGGGCGCAGCGGCGGUCGCUGCGCCUUUUGUCUACGGGCUGCUAAAGUGCCGGUACGGAGGCGACAAGUUCAGCACUACCGAGAAGGAUCAUUUGACUCCUGCGAUCGACGGUGAAACUAUAGCUUCCGAAGCAAACACCGAUGACAUGGAAGAUGAUGGUGGAAUUGAAACAGGUGUUCACCACGGUACCCUUGAGCCUCAGUCGAGCCCACCACCAAGAGCCUCAACUCAACAGGACGACGCAUUUUUCAACCUCCAAGAAACGUGGACAUUGGCAAAGUUCUACUUCCCUGGCAUCGUCCGAGGCGAUUCUUCUGAAGGGUUCAAGUCAACGAGGCUAAUCAAAAGGUUCCUACGGGAUGAGGUUGAAUGGAAAUUGUUUCAGCUGAGGCAAAAAGACCGAGACACUUUUUUGGAAUUGAUGAAGCCGGAGAACGCGGCGACACUUUGUGGCAAGAUUGGUAUGAAUGAAACAGUCGUGCAGCGGCGAUUCAAAGUAGUUCGCAGCAUACAAAAGGAGCUUGGAUUCCAGAGCAAGCUGUCAAUUCAAGAUUCGUUGGAUCACCUCAUCUCGACUCUCGACGCAAAAAAUGCUUUUGGAGCAGUAUCGAAAGAGGAGGGUGGAGUCCUUCAUAUCAGCAAUUUCAAUGGCACUCUCUACGACAAGGGCAUUGUCAAAGAACAUGAAUGGCUAUCGUACGUGGGUGUGACGAUGCAGCAAAAUCAAGUCGAAUCGGCACUCGAGAAAGUGACCAAGAGUCUGGAGAAAGGUGGAUUCGAGCAGUUCCCUAACCAUUUCAUGCACGGAACAACAGGAAACAAAUUGCAGCAGAUAUGCGAACUCGAGGGAAUAAUGAACCCAUCGAAGUCAGACGAGGCACAUGACUUUGGGUCGGGUCUCUAUUGCUUCAAGGGAAGUCUUGCCAAGGCGCUGUCCUUUGGAGCCAACAGAGCUUGGCCACGUCCAGAUGGUGCUGGAGGUAGCAAUCCGGCUAUUGUCAUCUUCCCAAAACCUGAUGAAUUUGACGAGGAAACAAUCUACCACGUCGAUUCGAAUCUUCCAUUUGGACAAGAUUGA